AUGUAUAGUGAUAAUGAUGAUAAUAAAGAUAGCAAUGGGAAUGAUAUUAAUGGGGAUAAUGGUGAUGAUGAUGAUAAUUGUAAUGAAGUUGAUGCCAAUAGGGAUAAUGGUAAUGAAGAUGAUUGUGAUGAAGACGACGUCAAUGAAGAUAAUGGUGAUGAAAAUGAUUGUAAUGAAGAUGAUGAUGAUUGUAAUAAAGAUGAUGAUGAAG